AAGGUCAAAAGCUGGAACGCCUGUCAGAAAGUGCCAUCUCUGCUCUCUGCCGGGCGCAAGAUGAAAUUUGGAUGACUUGACGAAGAAAAUAAAUGGCAUUACCUAAGCUUAAGACUGUAGUAAAUCGAGAGCGGUUUAAAAGAAAUGCUGCGGUGUUAUUUUUCCAUGGAGAAGAAGGAUCGGCGUCAAACCUCAAAGAAAGACUAAAAGAAAUGUUAUUACGGAAUUUUGACUUCGAUCACAUUCGCGUUGUGUUCCCACAAGCGCCAGAAAUUAUCUCCAAAGUAGACAGAGAUGAGCGAAGACCCGUAUGGUUCAACCGAAAGGAUUACAGCCCGGCAUUUCCAGAGCAAAUAGACUCUAUCGAGAGAAGUUGCAGCUUGGUCCGCCAGCUUAUCAACGACCUCGUAACAAGUGGAAUUAGAAAAGACAGGAUAGUAUUGGGGGGGUGUGAUAUGGGAGCUCAGAUAGCCAUGCAUGUUGCUUACAGGUAUCUUCCUGAUGUUGCUGGCGUGUUUGGAUUAUCAACUCAUCUAGGACCACUUUCUCAUGUAUACAAAGUUCUCCUUCAUAAAAGGGUGACUCAGUCUGACUUUGAAUGGCCUCCUCUGUUACUCUGCCAUGGCCAUGACGAUAAGCGGGUGAACCUCAAGUGGGCUGCACAUACUGCUGAGUAUUUUAUGGAUUUGAAUGUUGAGACAGAACUGCAGGUGUAUUACGGACAGAACCAUGAACUCAGUGUUCACCAGGUCAAUCAUUUGAAAGAAUGGAUCAUAAAAACAUUACCAGACAAAAAUACUAUAAUCGGCCCUGACUUGAGAUGUUGAUUGCUAACCCAUGAAUACAGUUAAAUACAACCCUUUGCUAUUCACAUUAUUUAUAUGGAAAGAAUGCUCUCAGGGGCGUAGCCAGGCUGGUAGCCCCACUCUUCUAGCAGCCAAAAAUACAGUAAAUGUAUGAGACAUCUAAAAUACAGGCCCCCUCCUGUUAAAAAUCCUGACUAUUCUACUCUGCUUCCUCAACAAAACCCUUGUGAGGUAAAUUAGGAAACAUGGAAUAUCUUUAUUGGUUGCACAGUCAUGAUCCUUAUAGCCCAGUCUGCCUCUAAGUGGGCUAUCACAUAAUUUUCACUCCAUGAUGCAUAAGAUAUCAUGUGAGAUUUGAUGACUAAGCAACAGAAAAGUUUCCUUAAAAUAAAUAAUCAUUCCACUGUGGAUUUUUUAUUUAAGUCUUGAAAUAUAACAUAUUUUGAAUUAACGUAAGCACAACCUACUAGCUUUUACAAUAUUCUUUGUCCAUUUGCUUCAGAAUACUUUAUAUUCCAUCAGAACUAGCUGUCUGUACUUCCUUUACAUCUAUUUACAUUGCACAUUGGUCGAUCCUUUGCCCAGGGCAUUUCACUCUUGGUUUCAUUUUACCCACCAAUAUUGUAAGCAAUAUCAGGCUGCUCAUGCUGUAAAGUUAAAAAAGGCAGAGAGUGCAUGAGCAAGACAAGAAACAGUUGAUUUCUUUGAUACCUCUAACAUGCAAGGUCUUUGCAAAGUAAGCUUAUAUGAUUAACCAAA